AUGUCCCAUCCAUGUCCCAUCCAUGUCCCAUCCCUCCCGCUGUCUCCCCAGCAUGGCGGUGGGCGUGGAGGACGCCACGUCCUCGGCCAGCAUCACCCUGCUGGUGCAGCCCCACGUCACCAUCGGCACCCUCAAGGAGCAGGUGUUCGCGAGUACGGGUUCCCGCCCUGUGCGCAGCGCUGGAUCAUCGGGCAGAGCCUGUGCCGGGACGGGCGCAGCCUGGCCUCCUACGGCAUCCGCCGCGACGGCGACCCCGCCUUCCUCUUCCUGCUGUCCGCACGGCCGCCGCCAGAACCGGCCCCGGCCCCGGCGCCCGGCCCCGGCGGGGACGGGCAUGGACACGGGGAUGGCGCACCUGGAGCAGGCCGUGUCCCCGAGGAGCCCCCGGAGCGGAUGGACAUCGGGGACAUCCGGGAUCACCUGGACUCGCUGCAGCUCUGGGACAGCGCGGGGACCCCGCCCACGGGCGCUGAGCCCCGCCCACCCUCACCUGAGCAGGGCUGGCCGUGCCCCCAGUGCACGUUCCUGAACAAGCCCACCCGGCCGGGCUGUGAGAUGUGCAGCGCCGCCCGGCCCGAGGGGUACCGAGUGCCCGGGGGGCACCGCCCCGACCCCGCCGAGCUGCGGCGGCUGCAGAGGGAGCGCGACGGGGCGCGGCAGUGCCAGCAGGCGCUGGAGGCGGAGCGUCAGCGGAACCUGGCGCAGCUGCUGCAGGCCGAGGAGGCGGGGCUGGUGCUGAACCCGGAGCCGCUCGAGUGCGGGAUCUGCCUGCAGGAGGUGCCGGCCGGCCAGGCCGUGCUGCUGCGCGACUGCCUGCACAGCUUCUGCCGGGAGUGCCUGCGGCAGGUGAUCACCUUCAGCGAGGAGCCGGUGGUGGCCUGUCCCUUCCGCGAUGUCACCUACGCCUGCGGCAGCCACCUGCAGGAGCGCGAGAUCCGCGCGCUGCUGUCCCCCGAGGAGCACGCGCGGUUCCUGGCGCGGGGGCUGGCGCUGGCCGAGCGCCGCAGCCGGAACAGUUUCCACUGCCGGGGCCGGGACUGCCCGGGCUGGUGCUUCUACGAGGACGCGGUGAACGAGUUCCCGUGCCCGGUCUGCGGGGCCCUCAACUGCCUCCUGUGCAAGGCCAUCCACGAGGGGCAGAACUGCCGGCAGUACCAGGACGAGCUGCAGCUGCGGGCGCUGCACGACGCGGCCGCUCGCCAGACGCGGGACAUGCUGCAGACGCUGGUGCAGCGGGGCGAGGCCAUGCACUGCCCCACGUGCCGCAUCGUGGUGCAGAAGAAGGACGGGUGCGACUGGAUCCGCUGCACCGUGUGCCAGACCGAGAUCUGCUGGGUCACCAAGGGACCGCGCUGGGGACCGGGGGGCCCCGGUGACACCAGCGGCGGCUGUCGCUGCAAUGUCAAUGGCCAGAGGUGCCACCCCCGGUGCCAGAACUGCCACUGACCCCCCUGGGGACACCCCGGGGACACCGAGGGACAGACGGACGGACAGACAGAUGGAGCUGGCACCGGGCCAGGGACGCCCGAGGGCACCGGGAGGGGCCACGUCCGGCGGGGAUGGAGAGAGAGGACACAGGGACGGACAGACAGGAUGGACAGACGGACACAGGAUGGACACUGGGACGGCCUCGGGGCGUGGAGGGGCCGGGGCGCCCCGGGACCCGUGGGGAGCCCAAUAAAGCCACUGAGUGUCACAGGCUGGCACUGCCA